AUGAGCAUUCCGGCUACCAAGGACGUCGUCUUUGAUGUCGUGGGCACACUGGUGGCCUAUGACCGGCUCUUCGAGGCCCUCGACGAAAGGCUGGGCGACAAGCUCAAGGCCAACGGAAUCAAGUCUAACCUGUUGGGCAUGUGCUGGAUCGAGGCCACAGAGAGAGAAUACACAUACCUAUCUCUGUCUGGUCGGUAUAAGCCCUUCUUUGAGCUGUUCGGCGCGCUGUUCUACCGCAUGCUCCUGUACGCAGGUGUGGCAAAACCAAGAGAGCUCGCCACAGACGAAGACGUGGCGUGGCUCGUGGCAGAGUGGAAGAAGCUCUACCUCCGGCCGGGGGCCAAGGAAUGUGUGCAGAAGCUGCGUGAUGCGGGGUUCACGGUGUGGUGCUUCACGGCCGGCGACAUCGCGCGCGUGGGGGGAUACUUCAAGCUGGCGGGCGUCGACAUGCCGGCUGAGAACCUGCUGAGCUGCGACACCGAGGGCGUCGCGAAGCCGGUGCCGAGUGCGUACAAGCCGUUGUUGGAGAGGCUGACCAAGGACGGCAAGACGCCAUGGUUUGCUGCUGCGCACAUGUGGGACGUCUCGACAGCCAAGACCAUUGGGUAUGAUUGGGUUAUACCCGACUUUACCCUCGCACUCCAUCCGCUCGAUAACCACAGGAGCACCCCUGAGCUUCCGCCCACGACCGACAUCGCUAUCGUGGGAGCAGGUUACGCCGGUGCUUCAGUUGUCUAUCACAUCUUGCGACACUGCAAAGAGCAGGGCACCUCGCCGCCGUCCAUUGUGAUUUUGGAGGCGCGAGAGGCCUGCUCUGGAGCCACAGGUCGAAAUGGUGGCCACCUAAAACCUGAUCCGUACAACAGGCCGUCGUCCCUGGCCGUGAGUCAUGGCGUCGAGAUCGCGGCCGAGUGUGCCGCUUUCGAGGCCGAGACGCUGAAGGCGGUCAAGACGGCCAUCGAGGAGGAGCAGAUUGAGUGCGACUUUGUGCUCACCCGAGCGGUUGACACCCUCAUGAAUGACGCUAUCCACCAGCAGAUGAAGGCCGGCGUGGAGCUGCUCCGGAAAGCGGGCGUCGAUGUCAUGAGGGACGUCUUCUACGAGGGCGACCCCGCCAAGGCGGAACAGCUUUCCGAUGUGAAGGGGGCAAAAGCUUGUCUGAGCUAUUCGGCAGGUCACUUGUGGCCCUACAAGCUCAUCAUGGCGCUCCUCCAAAAGGCUGUGGACGCUGGCGUGAACCUGCAGACGCACACUCCUGUCAUUAGUGUUUCAGACGCUGCUGAUAGUGAGGGAUAUUACUCCUUGAAUACAAAGGAGAGAGGAUGCAUCAGGGCCAGGAAGAUUAUAUACGCCACCAACGGAUAUACAUCAUCCAUUCUGCCCGAGUUCGACGACAAGAUCGUACCGUCCAGGGGAAUCUGCAGCCGCAUCGUGGUCCCAGAAGACAAAAAGCCAGCACCCUUGCUCCCUCACAGUUACAUGAUGCGCUGGUCAUCCACAGAGUACGAAUACAUGAUUCCCAGGCUGGAUGGGAGCAUCAUCGUCGGCGGUGCAAGGUCCAAGUACUACAAGGAUCUGGAUAGUUGGUACAACAACGUUCAGGACGACAAGCUGAUCACUAACGGCAAUGCACACCACUACUUUGAUGGGUAUAUGCAGAAGCACUUCAGGGGAUGGGAGAACUCGGGCGCAUACACCGAGAGCGUCUGGACAGGAAUCAUGGGAUACUCGUCAGAUGGCUGCCCUUUCAUUGGUGAGCUGCCCGGUCGGUCCAAUCAGUUUGUCGUUGCCGGCUUUACAGGCCAUGGCAUGCCACAGGUGUUCUUGUCAGCCAAAGGCAUUGCGAAAAUGGCGGUCGAGAACACAGAUUUCAAGAGCACGGGCAUCCCAAGGAUAUUCCAGGUAACAAAAGAGAGGCUAGCCAGUAGCAAGAACAGCGUGAUGGAGAGCUGGGCGGCACACACCUCGUCUCAGUCUAAGCUGUGA